CCCGUGCCGGUCUCCAGGAGCCGCCGCCGCCGCCGCCGCCGCUCGCCAACAUGGCGGACCUGGAGGCCGUGCUGGCCGAUGUCAGCUACCUUAUGGCCAUGGAGAAGAGCAAGGCGACGCCGGCCGCCCGCGCCAGCAAGAAGAUCGUCCUGCCGGAGCCCAGUAUCCGGAGCGUGAUGCAGAAAUAUCUUGAGGAGAGAAAUGAAAUAACCUUCGACAAGAUUUUCAAUCAGAAAAUUGGUUUCUUGCUAUUUAAAGAUUUUUGUUUGAAUGAAAUUAAUGAAGCUGUACCUCAGGUGAAGUUUUAUGAAGAGAUAAAGGAAUAUGAGAAGCUUGACAAUGAGGAAGAUCGCCUAUGUAGAAGUCGGCAGAUUUAUGAUGCCUACAUCAUGAAGGAGCUUCUUUCUUGUUCGCAUCCAUUCUCACAGCAAGCUGUAGAACACGUACAAAGUCACCUGUCCAAAAAACAAGUGACGUCAACUCUUUUUCAGCCAUACAUAGAAGAAAUUUGUGAAAGUCUUCGAGGCAACAUUUUUCAAAAGUUUAUGGAAAGUGACAAGUUCACUAGAUUUUGUCAGUGGAAAAAUGUAGAAUUAAAUAUUCAUUUGACCAUGAACGAUUUCAGUGUACACAGGAUUAUUGGACGAGGAGGAUUUGGUGAAGUAUAUGGUUGCAGGAAAGCAGACACUGGAAAAAUGUAUGCAAUGAAAUGCUUGGAUAAGAAGAGGAUCAAGAUGAAGCAAGGAGAAACACUAGCUUUAAAUGAAAGGAUUAUGUUGUCUCUUGUCAGUACAGGAGAUUGUCCUUUCAUUGUCUGUAUGACCUAUGCCUUCCACACUCCAGAUAAACUCUGCUUCAUUCUUGACCUGAUGAACGGUGGCGAUUUGCAUUAUCACCUCUCACAGCACGGAGUGUUUUCUGAGAAGGAGAUGAGGUUUUAUGCCACAGAAAUCAUUCUGGGGCUGGAGCACAUGCACAGCCGCUUCGUGGUCUAUAGAGACUUGAAGCCUGCAAAUAUCCUCCUGGAUGAGCAUGGGCAUGUCAGGAUCUCCGAUCUCGGACUGGCCUGUGAUUUUUCCAAAAAGAAGCCGCAUGCAAGCGUGGGCACCCAUGGGUACAUGGCUCCUGAGGUGCUGCAGAAGGGGACAGCCUAUGACAGCAGUGCCGACUGGUUCUCCCUGGGCUGCAUGCUUUUCAAACUUCUGAGGGGUCACAGCCCUUUCAGACAACACAAAACCAAAGAUAAGCAUGAGAUAGACCGAAUGACACUCACCGUGAAUGUGGAGCUCCCAGACGCCUUCUCCCCCGAGCUGAAGUCACUACUGGAGGGCCUGCUACAGCGUGAAGUGGGCAAGCGGCUGGGCUGCCAUGGAGGCGGCGCACAGGAAGUGAAAGAGCACAGCUUCUUCAAGGGCGUCGACUGGCAGCACAUCUAUCUACAAAAGUAUCCACCCCCACUAAUUCCUCCCCGGGGAGAAGUCAAUGCUGCAGAUGCUUUUGAUAUUGGCUCAUUUGAUGAAGAGGAUACUAAAGGCAUUAAGCUGCUUGAUUGUGACCAAGAACUCUACAAGAACUUCCCUUUGGUUGUCUCUGAGCGCUGGCAACAGGAAGUGAUGGAGACAGUUUAUGAGGCAGUAAACGCAGACACUGAUAAAAUUGAAGCCAGGAAGAGAGCAAAAAAUAAGCAACCUGGUCAUGAGGAAGAUUAUGCCCUGGGCAAGGACUGCAUCAUGCAUGGGCACAUGCUGAAGCUGGGCAACCCUUUCCUUACGCAGUGGCAGCGCCGCUACUUCUACCUCUUCCCGAACAGGCUUGAGUGGAGAGGAGAAGGCGAGUCACGGGAUUCCUGGAGUAUUUAUCCAAAAAAACAUAAAAUGCAAAAUUUACUGACCAUGGAACAGAUUCUCUCAGUGGAAGAAACUCAGAUUAAAGACAAAAAGUGCAUCUUGUUUAGAAUAAAAGGAGGGAAGCAAUUUAUCUUGCAAUGUGAGAGCGACCCAGAAUUUGCACAGUGGAAGAAAGAGCUGACUGAGACUUUCACAGAGGCCCAGCGAUUGCUGCGCCGAGCUCCCAAAUUCCUCAACAAGGCCCAAUCAGGUGUGGUGGAACUGUCCAAGCCACCACUGUGUCACAGAAAUAGCAAUGGCCUCUGACGCAGGACCUGAGAAAUUCCAUGAGACUGCACUGGGCCUCAGCCUCAAGCAGAUUCUUAGAAGAGCCACAGGCACCGAGCCAAGUGCAGGUCUCUGAGAUGUUGAUGUCCCUGCCGGAGUGGGACUGUACUCAGCUGUGUUAGCUUCGCACCGCUGAUGGACAGUGUCUGUCUACCCUGGGAACUACUGAAGAAACAACAGCUCUUUUUCUUUGUACUUAUUUUGGUAUCUGUGAACUUGGAACUUGAAACGAUUCCUACUUACCACUGAAAUUUUUAUGUCUGACAUCAAAGAUAUCUUUCCAGGAUGAAACUAAAACAUUUCAGUGUCAGGGAGUAGGUUGCCCUACACAUAGCCAUAUUUUGUUUGUCUAGGUCUCGGCACUCAGCUCCUGGGGGACACAGGCAGUGGCGUUCCUGUGUACACCCUCCAAGCAACCCCUCAUCAUCCUAGGGGUGGAAGUUGAGAUGUGUCCUGAAGAUGGCUCUUGGGGCCUUCACUUGUACUGACUGUCUCCUUGGACCUAUUCUGGGGGCUGCCAGCUGAACGAGCCAUGGGCCCCUCAAGGUGUGUGGGAUGGGCUGUUGCUGCAAGGGAACCCACAAGGAUUCUGGAAGGAAAGCAGCCUGCACACCUGGCAGGCUCCAGUCACUGCACUGCACAGUGAUGAGCUGGCCUUGGUCCCCACAACCAGAGUUGUGGGACACAGACAUUGCGUCCCUCUUUAUUACCCUGGGAAACACGUCAGCAAUGUAAAAGAAGGGAAAGAACUGCUCAGUUUUAGAUUUGAGUGUAAUUUUAAAUGGAUUUUAUUUUUAAAUGACAAUGCUGAGGAAUGAAUGUGUCCAAUGGAUUAACUGGGUGCUGACUUCUGUCAUCAGUCACUAGUAACGCUUUGCACUGAGCUUUUGCACAACCCUGAGGACAUUUGAGCAGAAGGGCUUCCCCCAGCCCCAUUGGUGUCCCCUUCUAGAGUUUGAUGUCCCCUCUGCUGCUGUGCCUGGUGAUGCCCACAAGCAGAUGCUGGGCUCCCAGAACAAGUGAAGGCCCCCAUGUCAUCAGGCUAAAAGAUGACAAUUUUAAAAGUCCACAUGUUUGUCUAAUUCUUGGUAUGGUUUUAUUUUAUGUCUCUGAAUUAACUAUUAACAAUAUAAAUAACUGAACCUCAUCAUCAUUUGCAUCCUGUCCUUGAUAUUUUAAUGGUUCCAAACCAUCAUUUUUAUAUUUGUGUGCUGCAGUCAUUGAGAAAGUAAGUUCAUUUUGCUGAAAUUAUAUUGUGAGAGUUUAGAAAAUAAUUUACUGUGAAGAGGCCUAUUGCUUUAUAGGAGUUACUCUGGAAAAGAAAUUUGGGGAUUUGUUAUCCAUCUCAAUUCCAGGCUGGGAUUUCAAUGCACAUACAUGUUCUGAUGUUUCCAGUUUUGGAGAAGGGCCAUAUUGUGCAUGUGUUUCACUUAUUUAAAAGGGAAGCAUAGUAUUUAGAUUCUAUUAAACACAGGCAUGCACACACACAUAGGCACACACAAGCCACACAUACUCAUGCCACCAGAAACAGAACAGCCCUUGCUGUUGUGUCUAUUUGGCACCAGUCGGUUGCAGCCAUAAUUGUUGUAGGUUUCUGUGGAUCACAAGCUCACAUGUGUGAGCCUGCAGUGAGAGAACUGUGCCUCUGGCUCUCCUCCAUGAGAUAGAAGGCCUCCUGAGGGGAGAACCAUGACACUAGCAGGGGCCAAAGAGUUCAAAAAGAUUAUCCAGCCUUCCCAUACUUAUUGUCAACUUGAGGCAAUCCACAUCUCUUUCAAAAAUUACAUGUUUUCUCUAGAGCAGAAAAGAAACAUGAAUUAGAAGACCCCUUGAGAGUCUUUUGCCCCAAAACUUAUGCCUCAUAAACUUACACUUCGCAGGAGACAGCUGAGAAGUCUCUCUGGGUAUCUCUUGUCAGCCCAGCAAGAGACUAGAAUAAGCUCUCUCCAAGUGUGUCAGCCCCAACAGACCGGUCUUCCAUCAGAUGGAUUGUGUGACCAGACAGGGGCGCUGCAGAGCCUGCACCCAGGCCCAUCGAGUCAGGAGAAGCUGCUGGGUUGGGUGUAUUACUGUGCUUGGCUGUUAGAGAAGUUUCCAUUGUUCACAAAAUGAAUUCCUAGAUGUUUAGCCCUUAUUGCAUUUUUGUGUUAUUGAAAAGUUCAAAAGUUAGCCCAAGUUUUCACAUAAUAAUAGAUUUCUAUAGUUGAAUGUUUUAACGUCAAGGAAAAUAAUUGAGGUUGAUAUUUUUAUAAAAUUAAGUUAAAACAAGACUUGAUUUCACCAUUGAAAAAAAUCAAAAGAAAGAGUAAAAAUAGGUUACUUGAAGCUGCUAUAUAACAUAUGGAAUAAAUUUAAAUUUUAUAUGAA